UUUAUGUUUAUCUGUCAAAUGUCAAGACACAAAAUUGAAUUUCUCCUAAUAAAAAAAACUGGAUAAUUAAAAAUGGCUUUAAACCUAGACGGAAAACGCAAACUUGCAGCAGAAGCCCAAAAACGAGCCUACGAUGAACAAAUCGAACGAAACAAAUUACACUUGGUCGAAAAAAACCGUUUCCGGAAUUUGGAAAGAUCCAUGCAUUACCAACGCCGAGAACGUGAAACGGCAGAUCGCCUAUUCGAGUCAAAGCAACGAGAGGCCCAUACGGAGCAAAAAAUUGAUAAAACCAAAGCUUUGGCUAGAGAAUUGGACAAAAUUAAACGUAGUGAACUCAGAGACUUGAAACUGAGGCAAAGUUUGCGUGAAACGUCGCACGAAUUGCGGGAAUUAGAGUCAAAACUGAGAACCGCGUACGUUUCGAAAGAACUAGCGACGCAAUUAGCUGAGAAAAAUGCCAAGAAACUAGAAGAUAAGUUGAAGCAAAGGGAAGAGUUUCAAAAGCUGCAAUCAGCUGUGAUUACGUUGGAAGAGAUGAAAAAAACUGCAGCUGAGGAAGAAAUUAAAAAGAAGGCUAUUUAUAGACAAGAACUACAGGACCAAAUGAUUAUCAACGAGAAGCGCAAGCGUUAUUUGUAUGACGAAUUUUUGAGAGAGAAGAAGAUGAUUGAUGAUAUUGUGCAACGGAUAUUUGCUGAAGAUGAGAGAGAACGUAUGGAGAAGAUGUGUAAAAUGCAGAAGACUAAGGAAGAAAUGGACGCGUUUAAGAAAGCGCAGCAGAUUUGGAGGAACAAGGAGAAGGCAGAAAUUGAGAAAGAAAAUCAAAGGAUACAUGAAUUUUUAACAAAUAAGGCGAUAGAGAUGCAGUCUAGGGAACAAAAAAAGAACGAAAUGGAGGCAGUGAAAGCUAAAUUAACUGAAAAUAUAGCAAAACAGCUCCAGGAACAAGAGAUGCUACGAAAAGAACGAGAAGAAAUCAUGCAAGAACUGUACGAAGAAGAACAAAAACAAGCCAUGGAACAAGAGCACAGAGCCAGCGUUGAAAAAGCUUUAAGACAGAGAAUCGAAGUCCGGGAGUCGCUGAUGCACCAAAUGAUAGAAAGACAAGAAAGACUCAAGGCGGAGGCGGCUGAAGACGCUAAAUAUAAAGAAGAGUUGUUAGCGAAAAUGGCCGAAGAUAAACGACUCGAACUACUAUCGAACGAAAAGAGGCGCCUGAAGAUGAUCGAAUGUCGGAAAGAAGUGGAAAAGAUGAUGAUCGAGCGAAGACAACGACACGCGGAAGAGAUGCAGCUGCUGCUGAAACUCAAAGAACAGGAGGAAAUGGAAGCCGAAGAAAGGAGACGCGUUAUCCAAGAGGAAAGGUUGCGAAUGUUAAAGGAGCACGCGAAGAAUCUGAUUGGGUAUUUGCCAAAAGGGGUGCUAAGGGCUGACGAUUUGCCGCAUUUAGGUAGCGAUUUGGUGAAUCCAGAGUGAAGACAAACCGAUGUGAUAAAAAAUUGUAUUUAUUUUUAAUAAAGAUUUUUAUCUUCAAUUAAA